AUGCCAGACAAUAAUCGGCCAGAACCUGGUCUUGGUGGUAUUCGGCUACGGUGGAACGACACUAUAGCCCGGAGUGGCAAACUUAAGGAUGUCCCUUGCGUAGUCCACCACUCACCAAAUACCCCUUGCCGGCCACAAAACUCGCGGAAAGGGUACCGUGUUCGCUUCGGCCCCGACUCGAAGAACAAGGUCCGACGUGUUCGAGGUUCGAUGAACCCAGUUACACGCUCCAAUCGAGUAGGUGGUCGAGAUCAUGGGCCUGUACCACAUUUCAGUCCGCAAAGUAUGCGUGCUUCUCCCCCUAGCCAGACAAGAAGAAGUCCAUCUAGAGCACCCGCAGAAUGCAGUGCCACUCCCAGGUCGUUGUUCCUGUCGACAACCGAGCCACUGCCGUCCCCCGGCAAUAUCUUUGGCCUUGAUCUGUUAGAAAAAGGCACGUCAGUGGGUCCUAUAGUGACGCUCGAUGCAGCGACGGAUCGGUACCAUGCUGAUGGAAGCGGAAGUCCUGUGGUAUUUCAUUCCCAGGACCUGUCAAGUCGCCCCUGUUCGCCUAAUCUGUCUCAUCCGCCAUCCGUCAUCUCUCCAUCGCCGUCUUAUUUUGCUGUCGCUGACAGAUGCGGGACUGGCGGCCUGCAAUACCUUCAAUUUUAUAUCGAGAAAGUUGUACCUCGCCUAGCCCCGCUUUGGGGUACAUUCGACAAUCCAUUCGUAUCUCUUGUGUUUCCAGCCGUGGUGGAGUCUCCUAUCCUUCUCCAUUCUUUGAUUGCCCUCUCAAUCUCACAAUUUCCCGGCCAUGGGUUACACGAGUCGACGCUUUCGUAUCAAUCGUUGUGGCACAAAAACAAAGCCAUAAGUCUAUUCCGCCGUCAGCUAUCAGAGCCCUCCUCUAUCAGUAUUGCUAGUGUCUUCACCUGUAUCUUCAUGCAGACAAUUGAGGUUCUCGGCUCUGGUACCGGUAGUUGGAGUGAGUGGCUAACAGGGGCAAUUUUGAUGAUCGAAACCGGACAGAGGCUGCUGCUCCACGGCACUGAUAAUUGUGAUCAAUGGCUCACUCUAACAAAAUGUGUUGUCGCAAUGGAUACAUUUGCUGCUAUCACAACCCAGCAUGCUCCAUUAAUGUCAACUCGCUACUGGAAUGCUUGGUUGCAGGUGCAAGAUACGUUGCCUCGGCCGCAAUCUCGUCUACCCCUGGACCUGGUGAUGAUACAUGAGCUAUCACAGGAUAACACUUUUGAAAAGCUUCUCGGCUGUCCAACAGCAGUGAUGUAUACCCUGGGUAAGAUGGCCGAGAUACUGCGUCAGCAAGAGAUAACUGAUCUACCCGAGCAUCAAGCACAAACAACGAGCCUGAGCCGCAUAUAUUCACUCGAGGAGAUUCUUCUACGAUGGCAGCCGGACGAGCAUGCAGUCAACUACCACUACCACAUCACAGAGGCCUUCCGGCACAGUGCGCUUAUCUGUUUCCAUCGCAAGAUACGUCGUCUACCUUACACGCAUCCCACAGUCCAAUAUUAUGUGAAGGAAACACUUACUCAUCUUGUGGCUGCCGGGGCUGCUCAUUAUAUCACCAUUACGAUCUGGCCACUGAUGAUUGCGGCUAUGGAGAUUGACGAGCAGGAUGCAGCGUAUUUGAAGGACGUUGUCAGGGGUCAUUUCUCUGAGAUUCACGACCUGCAAAGAAACGCUUUGUUUCAAAACUCGGAAACUUUUCUUGAGCUUUUGUGGCAGGAGCGCGAAAACGCUCAGACCUGGGAACAACGAGUGAGAAUAGAAUGGGGGUCAUUUGCAUUAGAAAAUGGUUGGCGGUGGUGUUUCUGGUAG